AUGGAAAUUUUGUUGAAUAAAUACUAUGAAAAACGAUUGGAACCUUUAUUGGAUGAUGACAAAUAUUGUUUGAACACUUAUAAUGACAAAGUGAAGAAUGUCGUAGAUGAUGCACCAUGCAUACUUCUUCUUAGCUCUAAAAGUCAAAUGAAAAUAUACAGCGGUCCAAUGCUUUGGAAUAAAAUUGAUAUGACCAUUUAUCAUCCGGCAAAUAAUUUUGAAAAGAUAAUCAGAAUGUUUGAAAGUGGUACGAUUUCCAAAAAUAUGAGCACAGAUGUUAAUGAUGAACAAUGCUUAAAAUUCGAAUCGGAGAAGGCGUAUUUUAUAUUUUGUUGUUGUUGGAGCAAUCCAUAUAAUUGCAUUUAUGAUCCAAGAACAAAACUUACUGUUGAGACGAAUAAGCAAAUUUGGCUAGAAUUAGCUAAAACUCAUAAUCCAGCAUUUACUCUUCGAAUGGAAGCAAUAAGUUUUGAAUCAGACGAAAAAGAUAUUAUUCCGGGAUUGAAUGAACCACUUUAUUAUUGUUCCAAAUUAGUUUCUUAUGACGAUCCCGAUAGUUUUACUCGCUCUUCGAUUACUUGGAAGCGAAUAAAAAUUGAAGAAUUUCCUUUGCGAUAUCGAUUCUGCAAAUUUUCAAUUUCACUUCAUUUUCAAAAUAAUAGAGCAAAAAGGAUCGAGUAUGUGGUUAAACCGGAUAUUGAAAAUACAUGUAAAAGAACACAAUGUCUACAUAAUUCACCAAAAUGUUUAACCGAUAUCUUACGAGCAAAAACAUCACUGAUUAAUUCGACUUGUUGCUGUGGGAGUAAUUUAUGUAGCACUUGGACGACAUAUACCGAUUAUAAAGAUUUAAACGUGAAAUCGAAAUAUUUUACUAUCCUUUUUAAGUCAUGCCUUCAUCAAUCAACAACAUAUUUGAGAAUCUCUUUAUCGAGAAUUACCGAAUGUGUAAGAAAUUUUGAUUUCCGAUUUUGGGAAGAAAUUUUUAUCGAUGAAAGUUAUUUGAUCACAUAUACAUUUGGUCACAAAACUGUAACAGUAACCGACGAUACCGGUAACAGGAAAAGUCUAUCAUGUGCUAUUUAUCAGACAUAUCCAGUAAGAGAUCCAUAUUGUCAUUUGAUGAAAAAUUAUGAAAGCGAAAGGAGUAUCUUGCAGUAUUAUACUUGCAGAUGUAAUGAUACUUCAUUCUUGGAUGGAAAAAAAUGCGAUGCCGGAAUUAGUUCUGAUUUGUUACUGGCAUCAUCGAAUUGGACUAGACCAACUUGCUUUUUUACCAAUAUCACUGAUCAUCGACUUAUAUAUACUUCCGAAAAAGAAAUUAGCUUAUACGAAGGUUCUGAAGAGGAAACAGAAGAAAUACCGAUUUGUGCAGUAGCUAUAACAAUUAGCAAUUCCGGCCUAUUUUAUCGAUUUUACAAAUCGCGUUAUUCGGAAUUUCAAGAGGAAGUUGAAUCAAAGAAGCGUUUUUUUAUAGCUAAACGAAGCAAUCAUACAGUUUAUACAACAUUAUGUAAAUCGAACAAAACCACUCCAUGUAACAAUAUACAAAAUUUGAUGUUACAUAAUCUAAGAUAUACGAUACGUUUUCAUUCUAAAACAAAAAAACCACAAUCUUAUCAUCGAUGCGUUAUUUCUGGUGGUACUAAUGUAGAGAUGAAAACGGAAAAUUGUUCAUCAGCAACCGGUUGCUUCACAUUCACUUAUCAUAAUUCACUUGAAAAAUUGAGUGGUUGUGUGGACAAAAUACCAGCAUUAGUGAAAACAUCAUUCGACUUAUCACCUCUUUUGUGGUGUCAUCAAAAAACUUAUUAUGAUACCAAAUACAGAUGUAGAGCUUAUAAAGGGAUCACAAAUGUGACAGCAAGUGGAACUUUAUGCUGCUGUUAUAAGGAUUGCUUCACUAUGACAUAUGAGGAACAUGGUUUCAACCCCUUCGAAAGUUUGUUAUAG